UCCCCUAAAAAAUGUGCUUUCUUCGGCGUUCCUCCCACUCGCCCCGUUCCCCCUACCCCCUAAGGCACCGCCGUCGCCACAGCAGCGCAAAUGUUCGGAAAUUUGGAUCAAUAUCUGUUUUAUUUUUCAUGAUUUAGGAUGCUCGGGCGAUUCCGUUCGCUUGGGCCGCGCUUACGGUUGUGGCUUCGGGAUCAUGGCAGCCUCCAAGGGCUUGCCAUUCUUCUCUUAUAUGUACAGAUUGGUUGCUCGAUGAUUGGAUCAUUGGGAGCAUUGUUCAAUGGUAUCCUGUUGGCGAACAUGGUGGCGGCACUCUUUGCCAUUGUGGCUAUGGAGGGUAGCAGCCAAAUUCUAGUGAGGACCUACGGCGUGCUCCUCAGCUGCAUGAUUUUUCUUGAUGCUGCUUGGUUUGUGUUCUUCUCGGGCACAAUAUGGAACUUUACUUAUAAUGAGAACAAAGAUCCAUUCUAUGUGUUCUCUCUCAGACUAGCAUUUUCAAUGCAAAUUAUGGGCUUUUCAGUCAGGAUUUUAUCCUCAUUGUUGUGGAUCCAGAUGUACAGAUUGGGUCCAUCAAAUGGGGACAGUGUAUCCUAUCACGAAGCAUUUUAUCGGAGGAGUUUCUUAAAUCCGCCAACUGAAGAUAUGGCUAGACAAUGUUCAGACAAUAUUUUUGGCAGUUAUGUUCGUAUCGCAUCUCCUUAUACACCACUUUUCGAUGAUGCUCAAGAUAAAGGAAAUGCUUCUGAGGGUGAGAAACAGAGCAACUUUUGUAAUGGUGUUUUGUUAUCAGCCUCAGAAGUCUCACAGCAUGCAUCGUUCAACAGCAAACAUUUUCAUGUUAAGGAUACUAGCAAGGUGGAAACUUUCAGUUCUCCAGUACUUACGAUUUUAUUGACAAAUUGUAUCUGAAUAUUCUUUCAUACGUUUUUGAAAUAACUUGAAAAGGAUGGCUUGUGAAUCAUAUUUUAACAUUUAGUAUCCACUUCGAAGUGCAGUGCGAUGCAUGUUGGAAUUAUUUAAUUUCUUUGCGAGAAUAAAAAAAGUUUUAGGCCUA